AUGACUGAUCAAACCCUUGUGGACGACUGCAACCUUGUGUUACUUUCGAAGUAUGAGCUUGUUGAGAAAAGUACUAAUGACGACAUCCCACUUGGCAUUCGUAUUCGUCUCACACUCACCCUAGCCAUUGACAAAUACACUGGAGAACGAAAUUUCAAAGUUGCCAAAAGUAGAAUUAAGCGUUUGGAAGUUUUCAAACAAAUUCACUACCACCAAGAUGUGAAUAAGGUAAAGAAAGGACCUGCCAUUCUCACCACUCUUCAAGGAAAUGUUCUUGAAGGAGAGAUCACACAGAUGGACAGAAAAAGUUUCAGAUUCGCAUUUGUCAAGGAGUCUGAGAGGAACAAUUCAUUCUGGUAUUCGAUGGGUGAUUUUGCGAACAUUAAUUGUCUUUCGAUGUCACAUCAUCAAGCAAGUGAAGUAGAUGACGAGGAAUCACUGGAUGAGUAUCAAAACGACUAUGAAGAGCUCGCACAUGAAAUUGUUGCACUAACAAAAAGAAAGAAACAGAUGGAAAAGGAUGCGAAAAUGAAGAUGGACGCCAUUCAUUCUCAAUUUUUGUCUUGCAUUCAAAAGGUAAUGAUCCAAUUUUACUCAACAAACGCCACCGCUGCUGAAAACCUCAACAAUGAAGACCUUUGCAAAGAAUAUGUCAAGAUGACACAACAAAUCAAGCUUGGUAGGAAAAUUGAGAAGUUCUUUCAACUUCAGAAAACAACUCCUUCAAUGGUUAAAGAGAGCUUGAAUAUUCUAAAACAGUCGUUGAAACAAGGACUUUAUUUUAUUCAGUCGAAAAUUGAACUUGAAUCCAAACAACAAAACUUUGAGCAAGUUGGCAUCCUCGCUAGCUGUGCCACACAGCUGCAAACCGGUAUGGAACGCUUAUCAGAACUGAAUUUGUAA